GAACGUAUCAUUUUCUUUCCUCUUCCGGUCUGGAGCCUGCGCAGUGGCAGAGUGAGUGCUACCCAGCAGAACCUUCGUGGGACUCACUGUAGAACGGCAGGAGCUCUUAGAAGCGUACGACGUAUAAGAGCGCUUCGCCACCACCGUCGCCAUGUCGCGAUCAACGAUGCCCAGGGUUUAUAUUGGUCGCCUCAGCCACAGAGCCACGGAACGAGACGUGGAGAGGUUCUUUAAAGGCUACGGCAAAAUUGUUGAAGUGGAUUUAAAAAACGGGUAUGGUUUUGUAGAGUUUGAAGACAGUCGUGAUGCAGAGGACGCAGUCUAUGAAAUGAGUGGAAGGGAACUAUGUGGUGAGAGAGUCAUUGUGGAGCACGCACGUGCCCCAAGAAGGGACAUCCGAAGCGGGUAUGGUUACCGCAAAGGUACCAAUGACAAGUAUGGCCCUCCGGUCCGUACAAUGUACCGACUGAGGGUGGAGAACCUAUCAUCAAGGUGCAGUUGGCAAGAUCUGAAGGAUUUUAUGCGCCAGGCUGGAGAGGUUACCUAUGCGGAUGCCCACCAGCGUCGACAAAAUGAAGGCAUUAUAGAAUUCCGUUCCUACUCUGACUUGAGGCGAGCAUUAGAAAAGUUGGAUGGGAGUGAAAUCAAUGGGCGCAAGAUACGGCUAGUGGAAGACGGGGCUGGCUCCAGGACCAAAGGCUCUUCAUCUCGCAGUCGCUCCAGAUCCCGCUCAAGGAGGAGUAGAAGCAGCCACUCCAGGUCCAGAUCCCACUCUCGGUCCUAUAGUAGAAGCCACCAACGGGAAAGGAGCAGAAGUCGCAGCAAACAAAGGAGAAGCAGUAGAAGCCUUAGUAAGGGGAGGAGACACAGUAGGAGCCUCAGUAAAGAGAGGAGACACAGUAGGAGUCUCAGUAAGGAGAGGAGACACAGUAGGAGCCUCAGUAAGGAGAGGAGACACAGUAGAAGCCUCAGUAAGGGGAGGAGACACAGUAGGAGCCUCAGUAAGGAGAGGAGACCCAGUAGGAGCCUCAGUAAGGAGAGGCGACACAGUAGGAGCCUCAGUAAGGAGAGGCAAGACAGUAGGAGCGUUGGCAAAGAGAGGAGGGGUAGCAGAAGCCACAGCAAGGGAAGAGCAAGUAGAAGCAUUAGCAAGGGAAGAGCAAGUAGAAGCAUUAGCAAGGGAAGAGCAAGUAGAAGCAUUAGCAAGGGAAGAGCAAGUAGAAGCAUUAGCAAGGGAAGAGCAAGUAGAAGCAUUAGCAAGGGAAGAGCAAGUAGAAGCAUUAGCAAGGGAAGAGCCAGUAGAAGCCACAGCAAGGGAAGAGCCAGUAGAAGCCACAGCAAGGGAAGAGCCAGUAGAAGCCACAGCAAGGGAAGAGCCAGUAGAAGCCACAGCAAGGGAAGAGCCAGUAGAAGCCACAGCAAGGGAAGAGCCAGUAGAAGCCACAGCAAGGGAAGAGCCAGUAGAAGCCACAGCAAGGGAAGAGCCAGUAGAAGCCACAGCAAGGGAAGAGCCAGUAGAAGCCACAGCAAGGGAAGAGCCAGUAGAAGCCACAGCAAGGGAAGAGCCAGUAGAAGCCACAGCAAGGGAAGAGCCAGUAGAAGCCAGAGUACGGGCAGAGCAAAUGGAAGGGAUAAGAAUCCAGAUAGUGGAAGGAGCAAGAGCCGCAGUAGAAGCAGGGGAAGGAGUGAAACAUGCAGCCAGAGCAAGGAAAGUAAAGAGAGGGUAAGUAGGAGCAUGGAGCGAAGCAGAAGCCAUAGCAAAGAGAGGAGGCAAAGCAGAAGUCAUAGCAGUGAUGCAAAUGAAAGAAAUGAAAGCACAGAGAGACAAGAGCUGAAUAGUAGAAAGUGGGAUAGAAGUGAAAAUAAAGACAGGAGCCAUAGCAGAGAGAGAAGAAACAGUAAGGAAAGAAGCAAGGAUAGGGACCGCAUAAGAAGCAAAGAUAAGCACUCUCGAAAUCGCAGCAGGGACCGAAAAAGAAGCCACAGCAGGGAUAGAUCUAGAGAGAGGCGGUCAAAACGCAGCAGGGAAAGAAGCCGUAGUAAGGAGAGAAGUCGUAGGAGUGAACGAAGUAGACGCUCCAGCCGUAGCAAAGAGAGAACCAGGAAGCGAAGUAGUGAACGGAGUAGCAGUGGUGAGCGCUCAAAAAAAAUCAAGCGAGAAGACCCAUUGGCUUUCACUACAGAAUCUGACCAGGAGGCAGAAAAUGAGGAAGGAAGCAAGGCUGAAGUUGUACAACAUUCUGACACAAUUGGGGAGAUUGAGGAGACUCCCAAACCUCUUUCCAGACCACCAUCUCCUAUGGAGGCUAAUGUUGAAGCUGCAGCCAAUGCAAUCACUGAGGCAUGUGAUCAAGUUGCAGGUGCAGAGACCUGUGCUGAUGAUAGCACAGAGGCUGGACUGUGAUUAGCAUUUCCUGUUUACCAGUAGAGCUACUUUUACCUUUUCCCAUGCAAAGUAUUUUAUAGUUAUUUUCACAUUUAAUUUUUUUUCUAACUUGGUCCGUCUCUCUGGAUAUUUAGAGCAAAAGAAAUCUCAUUGCAUAUUUUCUAUGUUUUUUGCAUGGGCUUAAUUCAUGUGAUUAUAUCUAAACCCAAGCGUUUUUUUCCUCUCCAGCCUUUGCAAGUACAAUUUGGUGACAUACUAGAGUGUGACAAUCUUUUUAAAGGAAAACUAUACCCCCCGAAUAAUGUAGGUCUCUAAACAUAAAUUGCAUAAAACAUAUGUAAAACCCUGCUUCAUGUAAAUAAACCAAUUUCAUACUAAUAUACUUUUUAGUAGUACGUGCCAUUGGGUAAUCAUAAAUAGAUAAUUACCAUUUUAAAAAAUAAGGGCUGCCCCCUGAGAUCGUAGAAUUCACGGUGCACACACACAAACAAACCAACAAACCAUACUUGUUAGGUCACAUGGUCUUUUACAGUUAGAGUUGUAUUUCUGGUCAGGUGAUCUGAGGCAGCACACAGACCAACAUGAAAUGGUGGUUUAAGGCAAGAGAUGUAAAGGGUAAUAAUUACUUAAAUACGUAUAUGUAACCGUUUGGUAUGAAUCUUUAAUAUGCCUUUCUGUUGCUUAAGUUUUCAUUUUGGGGGUAUAGUUUUCCUUUAAGUGCACAAUAUUUAGUAACCCCAUAUGGCUCCAAGUUUGCACUCUGCUGGGUGGAUGUUACCCUCUGCCUGGUCUUUCAUUUAGGUGUUUACAAAUGCCUGAAGAGAAUAUCUUGGAAAGAGGGGCUCCUUCCAAUUGUAUUUCUUUUUUUAUUCCUUUUUUAGUUUUUUUCUUUUUAAUUUUGGUACUCUAGCAGUUGAAACUUCAGAAAAAUGAAUCCUAUAAAUUUGAAUAAAGACAUUGCUUUGGUAA